ACAUCAUUAACAGCCAUGCUGUUUUUAUGGGAUUUCUUUUGAUGAAGAUACGCUACACAGUAGACGUCACGAACUAUGAAAAUGGCGUAUAGUAUACGUCCGUUACCUUCGCAAUCGUCGGCGCAACUGGAGGGGUCCGCGGGAAAUUGGUUCAAGGCGCCAGGAUGUCGGGAGCCGUUGGGCGCCAGACAGGGGCGCCCAGGAGGCUGCAGUUGUCCACAGACCGCCCGCCCUAAACCACGCGAAUUUUCAAAACAUUGCAAUGUUACGCGCGAGAAAACAUUGACGAAUUGAAAACAGUAUCAACAUGAAAAUUAAGCUAAUCGUACCGAUUAUACUAACAGCUAUACUCAUUCGAUCAACUGAAUCUGUAAAACAUAAAAAUGUACUUCAAAAUAGAACUGUAGCCGAAGUGAAAAAUAGUCUCGAGAAACACGAGGACGCUUUGUCCGAAGUGCUCAAGCACAAAACCGGAGUUAACCCGAUAAAAAUUACUAAUGUAACUCAAGCGAAAAUUAAGCCUUUCGUCAAGAAAGAAAAAAAGAUUCUAAGAAUGAUUUCAACGAAAUCGAUCGAAAAUUGGGCACAAAGGCUCUCCGAAGUAUUCUUCGAGAUCGAAAGCAAGCUUGUUAAGCGAGAGGAACUAUUGAGCGCAUUUAGCGAUGCUAUGAUGGUAGCUCGCAACGGAACCGCCCUCGUGAACAAGGCUGCAGACGCCUUAGAAGACUUGUUAACAAGAAGAGUCAAAGCCGCCGAAAAUAUAAUGCGCAAAGCUGAAGAAUUAGAUAAGGACGAAACACCUCCGCCUGACAAUUACGUUUUUGACCAUAGCGUGGAUUUAGAUAAAAUCAAGGAGAAGAAGAUACCCAAUCAGAAAGGCUGGUUCAUGCCACAGAACUGUACUAAUUUACAAAAGGUACCCUUGAACGAGAGUAAUCAUUUCGAUGGCAAAGUAUCACUCCAGACGUCCAGCGUUUAUGUUUCGCUUGAAGUUUUUGAAUGCGAUCCUAAGGUUAUGAAACAUAUAUAUUGGACGGAAGGGUUAUUGUCGACAUUCAAAAAGAAUUACGCGCAGGACGCGACCACGGACUUUCAGUAUUUCUGUAGUGCUAAAGGAUUCUUACGACACUACCCAGCUGCUUUAUGGGACGACAUGCACCAGCUCAAGUUGAAUACGGACGACGUGUACGACUGUCGGCUGCGGUCGUGGUACGUGAGCGCCGGCGGAGCGCCCCGUGACGUACUCGUGUUGCUGGACGCCUCGGGCUCCAUGAACGGCUCCUCGAACCAGGUCAUCGCUGAGGAGUUCACUUUGGCUCUGCUCAGCGCUCUCACCGACGACGAUCAAGUGAACGUCUUAUACUUCAAUGAGAAAGUUAAUUCGCUUAUCCAGUGCUUCAAUCAGAAAAUGGUUCCGGCAAACCACGUGAAUUCUGCCGCGAUGAUGGAAGAGCUAAGGGAAUACACGAAAGUAAACGAGACGAAAGUGGACUACGCGCUAAAGUACGCGAUAAAACUGCUACGGAAACAGCGCUUGAUUAGAGACCGACCGAAGUCGUGUCAGCAAGCUAUAGUGCUGCUCACGGACAGCAUGUACGACAAUUACACGGACCUCGUGAGGCAUUUGGACCCCGGGAAUAAUAUCAGACUGUUCGUGUUCUGGCUGCACGACCGGUACGGGCUGCGCGACGACACGCGGCGGCUCGCGGAGUGGCUGAGCUGCGCGCGCGACGGCUACUUCGCCGAGCUCAUCACGCACGCUGACGUCACGGAGCAGGUCAUGAGCGUGCUGCGCGUGCUGGUUCGCCCGCUCGUCGCGCAGCGGGACCACAGGCUGCGGGUCUUCAGCGAUAUAUACGCUCACAUUGAGGACCCGAGACGCAGCGAGUACCACUGGACGCAGAAGGAGAACGCGGAACAACUCUAUCGUUACAAGGAGCUGAGGAAGGACAAACGCAAACUCCUCGACCCGAGGCGAAUGUAUGAAGAUUGGAUGCACCAAUGGAAACUCAACGAAUACGGGCAGUAUUAUGAAGGAGAAGAAUUGAAUUAUCGUUUGGAAAUAAGCGUUUCUGUGCCCGUUUUUGAUGCUACUACGGCAGAGAAUAUUACGAUCCAAUUGAUGGAGGAGAGACAACGGAACUCUACGAGACAGUAUCCAGUAAACCGUCUUCUGGGAGUAGCAGGAGUGGACAUUCCAAUCGACCAUUUGAAGUUGAUUCUGCCGUAUCAUCAGCUAGGUGCGGGCGGCUCAAUCAUACUGGUGGAUCAUCGUGGAAACGUUGUCUUGCACGACAAUUUGAAACCUACAUUCGACGGAGACGUCUUGAGGCCUGGAUACAGGACCGUUGACUUCCUCGACUUGGAACAGCCGGCAGUCAGCCACCUCCCCAGACAAUACUUGCCAGAUUGGCUCAAGUUUCGACGAAAUCUGAUAAUCGAUAAAGAAACUGGCAACAUGACCAUGUACGCGAAAAACAUUUUCGAAGACGGAAUGAGGGCAACGUUGGAAAAUCGGCAAUACUUUUGGAGAAGGGUCCUGGACCACUACACCGUGGUCGUCGCUCUACCGAACCCCGACGCGCACUGGGCCGGGUCCGAGUCCCAGUUCACCAUGAAGCUCGCUGAAGCGGCGUUGAAGUCGCUGUCCCGAACCGACUUCGCCGUGCAGCCAGACUGGCUGUACUGCCGGCACGUGGAGCCCCACUUCGACUCCCGCGAGGCCGAGGUGCUCCACUUCAUCAGGCGGCGGAGCGACGAGCCCAACUUCGCGAUGAAGAAGCUGAAUCAUAUAUUCUCACCCAUCCCACCUUUGUUACUCGAAAAAACAUAUCAAUGUGAUGAAGGUCUAAUGGCGAGGCUGUGCAAGGACGCCAUAGCCACGGACAAGUGGGCCCGGGAGCACGAGCACCCGCACCGGGCCCGGGACUGCUCCACCUGCGAGCUGGGCUCCAUCACCACCUUCUUCGCGAGUGAGAACGGGCUGACCCGAUGGCAGGUGCACCACGCGACCAGCGAGCACGCGGCGCCCGUGGAGGGCAGCGUGUGGGCGCGCGGGCCGCGGGAGGCGUGGUACCGGCGCGCCGCGCACCGCCCCGCCGCGCUGCACGUGCACGCGCCCGCGCGCCGCCCGCAGCUGCGCCGGAACAGCUUCGCGCCGCCCCCGCCGGUGCCUGUCAGCCAACAAUGGCUAACGGCUGCUCGAGCCCUCACCUCCCCGGACAAGGGCAUCAUCGGUGUAACCGGCUUCCACUUCUAUCCGAGCCACCUGGACGAUUUACUCAACAGCAUCACCAAAUUUCCGUGCGCGGAGGAAGAUGAGGAGAGUUGCGAGGUGUCGUGCGACGGCGAGACGUGGAUGUGCGUGGUGGUGGACGAGGCGGGGUGGGUGGUGGCGCCGCGCGGGGGGGCCGGGGUGCACCUGGCCGCGCUGCAUCCGGCAGCGAUGGCGGCGCUGCUCAACGCUUCCGUUUACCAACUCAACUGGCUGCACGACUACCAGAGCGUGUGCUUCACUUCCACAAACAAGUCGAGCGCCGCCUUGAUGGUGCCUUCUAUAUUAAAAUCGUUAUGGCGAUCGAUCGCUUUAGUCCUUCGUGUUGCGCAAGAAUUUAUCGGACUCUUGACGAUUGUGAACGCCGGAGCAGGCGUGGCCGCGGAAACUGUUAAAGAGAAGAUGAAGCGAAGCAACCGAUUGCGCAAGAACUACGAGGCGGACCAGUUCGAGUCGCUUUACGACGACAGAGUCCUGGUCAACAGAACGCGCUUCGCAGCUUGCGACCGCACCCGCCCUCUGUACCAGCUGCAGCACACGCGCGCGGCGGCGGACGCGCUGCGCGGCGGGCCGCACCCGUGCCGCUGGCCGCUGGCGGGCGCGCUGGUGCCGCGCACCAACCUGCUGCUGCUGGCGCUGUACCGCCCGUGCGCGCCGCCCGACCCGCGCCCGCCGCACCCGCAACACAACAGACAGUACUCGGGGGACGUAGACGGGUUGCUGAGCGCGGCAAGCCAACUCGCGUGCUGGCGGAACCGCGAGCCGCUGCACGGGCGACAGUCGCGCACGAGUUGCUUCCCGCACCAGUACGACCAGGAGGAAGGGUACAGGCAGUGCGGGCCGUGGCUUCCAGACUCUGAAAAGAAAGAUAUCUCCAGUCGACACCUUCCAUCGAAGCUAUUUCUUGCUGUAAUAUUCGUACUAAUGUGUAUAAUUAACAGUAAUUAUUUUAAUUGUGCUCAGUAAAAAUCAAAGUUGUGAUGAAUGAAAUGUUUUCAUAGUUCCUGAAGUCACAACUAAACUUGUAUAUUUAAAGCGGAAUUAACGUAGAAAAAUGCUUCGAUGAAUAAGAUCAGUGACACUAAAUAUACAUAAAUUAGUUUGAAUUGCUGUUGGUUUCAUAAAUGGAAAUAAAACUAUAUGAUUUUUUGAUAAAA